AUGGCUAAGAACAGGAGGAGCUCCGGCGUGGGGUCUUCGGAUCCCAGCGGCGCCGCUGCCGGGUUGUCUAGGAGCGGCAAGCCCGGAGGCGUGUCGGGCCGGCUGGUGAACGUGUUCGAGCAGCUGUGGAACCGUCGCAAGUUCGACAUUCUGGGACGCAAGGUCAAGGGCGAUGUUCGCGCCAAGUCCAUCGGCAAGGCCAGGAGCGCGGCUGUGGAAAAGAGGAAGGCGACGCUGCUGCAGGAGUUUCAGCAGCGCGGCAAGGCGAACCUGUUUCUGGAUCGGAGGUUCGGCGAGGGCGACGAGUCCAUUCCCGAGGGCGAGAAGGCCAUCGUACGAUUCCAGAAGGAGCGCAUGGCCCAGCUGAGUCGCAAGAACCGGUUCUCCCUCGGGGACGACGACGAGAGCGACGACGACGACGGGGAGGGCGACGACGGAGGCGGAGGAGGCGAGGGGAGGCGCAGCAGCAGGCGGGCGGCGGCGAGUGAGGACGGCGACUUGCGUCUGACGCAUGGCGGGCGCGACAUUGACGACUUUGACGACUCGGACGUGUCUGGCUUUGGGGAGGAUGAGGAUGACGACGAUGGAACACUGGGCGAUCAGAUUGUGAGCGAGUAUCACUUUGGUGGUGGCUUCGUUCCCAAGGCCAAGUCGGCCACAGACGCACAUCUUGACGCGGCGACAGGGCAGGAGGAGGGAGGCGAGGAGCGACAGAAGACGAAGAGGGAGGUGAUGGAGGAGGUGAUGGCGAAGAGCAAGCUGUUCAAGGCGAAGCGGCAGGCGGAGAAGGAGGAGGACGAGCACCUGCGCGAGCAGCUCGACGCGGAAUUCCGCCAGAUCGCACAGUCUGACGCGCUGCUCGCGCUCACGCGCGCGCCCAAAGGGGGAAAGGGCGGAAAGGGCGCCAAGGGGGAGGAGAAGGCGGGAGGGGGAGGCGGGGAGGGAGGGGCGGCGGGAGGAGUGUCUGCUGCUGCGUCUGCUGGUGGCGCUGCUGGUGCUGCAAAGGCGGCUGCUGGUGGCUCGCUGCUGGCUGCUGACGAGAUGGACGACAAGCAGUACGACGUGCUGGCGCGGGAGAUGGUGUUUGACAUCCGCGCCAAGCCCGGGGAACGCACCAAGACAGCAGAGGAAGCGGCAGAGGCGGAGAGGGCGCGUCUGGUGAAGCUCGAGACAGCGGAGGAGGCGGCGGAGGCGGAGAGGGGGCGACUGGUGAAGCUCGAGGAUGAGGAGGAGAGCGAGGAGGAGGAAGGAGAGGAGAAAGAGGAGGGAGAGGAGAGUGAUGAGGAGGAGGAAGCGGAGGAAGAGAAGGAGGGGGAGAAGCAGAAUACGGAAGAGAGAAAUGCAGCAGCAGCAGCAACAGAAGAGCAGGAGGAUGAGGAGGAGGAAGAUGAGGAGGAGGACGAGGAGGAAGAAGAGGAGGAGAAUGAGCGCAUAGAGAAGGUGUUUCGACGGCGCGAGCUGCCAUACGUGAUAGAAGCACCACAGCAGCUGAAGGACCUGCAGCGGCUGCUAGAGGGGCGCGCAGCAGCAGAGGUUGGCGUGGCAAUCGCACGCAUCCGCGCGUGCAACGCGGCGCACCUGUCCCCAGACAACAAGCGCAAGAUGCAGAUCUUCUAUAACGUUCUCCUGCAGUACUUCGCGUCGCUGGCUAGUGAUAGUGGUGGCGGUGGUGUGUCUCAGCGGGUGGAGGAGGAGGAGGAUCAGCCGGGGAAGAAGCAGAAGCAACAGCACGAGCAGCAGCAGAAACAGCAAGGGAGCAGGCAGCAGGUGAAGCCGCAAGGGGGGAGGAAGGUGGAGGAGGGGAAACAGGAAGGUAAAGAGGUGGAGGAGGAGGAAGAGGCGACGAGUGAGUUGCAGAAGAGGGCGCCGUCAGUGGCAGCGGCGCACAUCAAUGCGUUGGUGCAGCCUCUCGUGGAGCUCUCCGCGUCCUUCCCUCUCUUUGCUGCCGUCUGCGCCCGCGAGCGGCUUGCCCGCAUGCAGAAACGCCUCGUGGCGCGCCUCAAGGCCGGAGGUACGCCGCUUGUGGAGCUCUCCGCGUCCUUCUCUCUCUUUGCUGCCGUCUGCGCCCGCGAGCGGCUCGCCCGCAUGCAGAAACGCCUCGUGGCGCGCCUCAAAGCCGGAGAGCCAGCACGGCCCACGACACACUCGCUGCUGCUCCUUU